GUCGAUAUGUGUGCUGGUGAGAUGCAUCCACUGUUGAUUUAAGCCGUGAGGAGACCAGAGAACAGCAGGGAGCAGAAGGAGAAACAUGGCGAGGAUGAAGGAGUGCGUUGCUGCUGUGGUGCUGAGCCUCCUCUCAGUGGGACUCUCUGCUCCUCUGAGCAGCUGUGACAGUCUGUUGAACCCCAUCGCUGUCACCAAUGAAGAGAUUUUGGGGCGCUGGCUGUACAUCGGGGGGAGCUCUGACCUCCCGGGGAGCCGCUCCGUGGGCCGCCUGAUGACCAGCGCCUGGUUGAACGUCACCACGACGACGCAGGACAACGUCCUCCACUUCCUGCAGACCGAGAAAGUAUUUGGCCAAUGUUUCAGCAUACAAUACAAUAUGGACUUUAGAAACAGCACUUUGUUGAUCGAGGAACCUUUCUAUCUCAAGGAGGUCUACCUGCAGACUGACUGCAGCGACUGUCUGCUCGCUCAUGAAGAAGUCGUCUCUGGCAAUGAUACUUUCACCAGCCUUUUGUUCUUCAGUAGGACACAAAGUGUCUCCCCUGCUGCGUUGGAGACGCUCAAGAGACAGGCCGAAUGUCUCCGGAUGCCGUCGCCCAUAAUGUUAGACCCAGACUACGAAAUCUGCCCUGACAACAUCCCGCCCGUGGACGGGAUCGCCGCCCUCAACACUUUGUUAGAGGCCAAGACGGGACACAAAGUUGUCAAACUCCUGGAUGCUGUUUUGGAAAUGUUCAUGAACUGAUUAGUUCCGUUAUUAUGUCCCGACUAAGUAAGUGGAAUUUGUUGCUUGAUUUCAAUGAACAGAAAUAUAACGAAGUUUAAUAAAAUGAAGAUGGAAGCGCUGG